AUGGCCUUUGUCCCUGCGCCUGGCUACCAGCCCACCUACAACCCGACUUUGCCCUACAACAAACCCAUCCCAGGGGGCCUCUGCCUGGGAAUGUCCGUUUACAUCCAAGGAGUGGCUAGCGAGCACAUGAAGAGGUUCUCCAUCAACUUCAUGGUGGGGCAGGGCCCGGGGGCAGACAUCGCCUUCCACUUCAAUCCCCGCUUUGAUGGCUGGGACAAGGUGGUCUUCAACUCGCGGCAGGGCGACAAUUGGGGCAGCGAGGAGAAGAAAAGGAGCAUGCCCUUCCACAAGGGUGCUGCCUUCGAGCUGGUGUUCAUGGUCAUGGCCGAGCACUACAAGGUGGUGGUAAAUGGCAAUCCCUUCUAUGAGUUUGGGCACCGGAUCCCUUUUCAGACAGUCACCCACCUGGAAGUGACUGGGGACAUGGAGCUUCAAUCUAUCAAUUUCAUUGGAGGGCAGCCCACCCCAAGCCAGGGACCCAUGGUUAUCCCGGCAUACCCAGGUCCUGUGCAGAGCCACCCACCACCAAAUAGCCUGCCUACCAUGGAAGGACCCCCAACCUUCAACCCGCCUGUGCCAUUUGUGGGGAGACUGCAAGGGGGGCUUGUAGCCCGAAGAACCAUCAUAGUCAAGGGCUUUGUACUCCCCUCAGCCAAGAGCUUUACUAUCGACUUCAAGGUGGGAGCCUCAGGGGACAUAGCCUUGCAUAUUAACCCUCGCCUGAACGAGCGUGCAGUGGUUCGGAACAGCUGUUUGAAUGGCUCUUGGGGAUCUGAGGAGAGGAGUAUUUCCUACAACCCAUUUGGUCCUGGACAGUUCUUUGAUCUGUCCAUUCGCUGUGGCAUGGAUCGCUUCAAAGUCUACGCCAAUGGCCAGCAUCUCUUUGACUUCUCCCAUCGCCUCAUGGCUUUCCAGACGGUGGACAUGCUGCAGAUCACUGGUGAUAUCACCUUGUCCUAUGUCCAGAUAUGA